AAACCGAGGACCGACGCGGCGCGGUCUUUGCGCGGCGCUACCAGGCGAACUGCUCGCCAGGACUGUGCUGGUGGCUUCGCGCAGCAGUGCUGCGACGGCCGGCUGCGCUUGGCGCGCCCAUAGGACGCCGCGGAGGCGCUGCGGGCAAUCAACUGCGGCAGACCCCAAACGCCCGCGCGGCCGCAUAAGUUGGCCGCGCAGCGCGUGAUAUCGCGGAGCGGCCGCGCGCGCAACCGACAGCACACGUACGGGCCAAAGCCGGGUCACCGGACGCCGGCGCCGUGACCGAGCGCGGGCGCCGCGAUGGCCGAUUUCAACUUCUUCGCCCCAAGAACCAAGCAAGAACCGGAAAAGAAGAAGAAGAAGCGCGAGCCGCUCGACCACUCCUGGGCCACGCGCCCACAUGGUAACUGCUGCGAGGGCGACUCCGAGCUCUGUCCGCGGUGGACGGCGCGCAUCGACGAGGGCGCCUGCGAGACCUGGACCUACCCGAACAACUAUCCGGUGCGCCAGUACCAGGAACAGAUCGUCAAGCAGGCGUUACUGAAGAACACGUUAGUAUGUUUACCUACCGGAUUGGGAAAGACAUUAAUAGCGGCGGUGCUCAUGUACAAUUAUCAUCGGUGGUUCCCCGACGGUCAAAUUAUUUUCAUGGCCCCGACGAAACCUUUGGUGGCGCAGCAAGUCGAGGCGUGCCACGACGUGGUCGGUCUCCCCGAGGAAGACACGGCUCAGCUCGACGGCAACGUCCCGGUCGAACGUAGACGAGAGUUAUGGAGGAAACGGCGCGUCUUCUACUGCACGCCGCAGACCGUGGCGAACGACCUGGCGAAAGGCGUGUUUGAUGCUAGUCGCGUAGUACUGUUAGUGGUGGACGAGGCGCAUCGCGCGCUCAAGAAGUACGCCUACUGUUCCGUGGUGAAGCAUGUGGGUUUUAGACACGCCCAUUUUCGCGUCUUGGCAUUGUCCGCCACACCGGGCAGUGACGUGGCCGGGGUCCAGGACGUCGUCGACAACUUGCGGUACGAUCUCGGCGUCCCGCGGUGCUGCGGUGCCUUCACGCCAUCGACGCGCGUCGUCUCCAGGAGAGGAGGUCGUGGGCGGACAGAGUCGAGCGACCGCGACGCCCCGCGCAGGAUCGCGCACGUGGAGGUGCGGACCGAGGACGACCCCGACGUGGCCAAAUAUACGCACCACCGCCUCAUCGAGAAGAUCAUUUGUGAAGAGGGGCCUGUUGUCAAAAAAGGCCUCGAGGCGCUCCAGAAGGUCGCCGAGCCCUUUCUCAAAAGAUUACAGAAUGCGGGCGCUUUACAUAGCACGGACUUGUCGACGCUGCGAGCCUAUACGGUGUUGCAGGCCGGUCGCGAUAACAAUAGGGUGUCGUAUGCGGACAAACAUGUCGCGCACAAGCUCGCGUCGGCGGCGGACGCUCUACGGCACUACGGCACUACGGGAGCCUUGGAGAAGUUGGAAUCCGUGCGUUCGGUAGCUCGGGACGUCGCUGCUAAAUUGUCACGAAGUGAGAGUGUCCCGCCCGGUGAUCGGGCGUUGCAACGGCUGGCUGGGAGUCCACAGUUCCUAGACGCUCUGAAGGCCCUACGAUCGUCCGGAGAGCACCCGAAGACGACGAAGUUGCGAGAGCUCCUCGUGGACCACUUCCAGCGCGCGCGGGAGGCCCACAAAUCUUCUAGAGCCAUGGUGUUCACGGGCACGCGGCAAAGUGUGGACGAGAUCGGCGACGCGUUGUCGAGAGCUUCCGGCGAUUUGUUGAGAGUCCAGCGCUUCGUCGGCCAGGGCGGCGGCGACGGCAUGAAGCAGUCGUCGCAGAAGAACGCCGUCGAGGCGUUCCUGCGGAACGAUUCGAAUGUGCUCGUGGCCACUUGUAUUGCGGAGGAAGGUCUGGAUAUCGGCGCCGUCGACGUUUGUGUCUUCUACGAUCAAGUUGGAAGUCCUAUUCGCAUGGUCCAGAGGAUGGGUCGUACGGCUCGCAAGAGGACUGGUAGAGUGGUACUGCUCAUGGUGCCCGGCGAGGAGAAGAAGUUCGAGAGUUCUGGGAAACGUUCAGCUGCUGUGGUUCACGCGUUACGAGACAGACGAGGACUGCGGUUGCGGACGGACCUGUCGAAGCGACUCGUACCUCGACGGGUGCAGCCGUCCUGGCCUCGACGGGUCGAUAAAAGGUUGAGUAUAGACGCGUGGCGCUCGUCCCAGGUCGGCGGGCAAGUGAAAAGGAAACUCGUGGAUCCAGCUCGCGCUGCGGCGAAACAAGAUAGGAGCUGGCGGUUGAACGAGAAGCAGCUCCAAGUCGUUAAACAACGAAACUGGACGGGCCCGGUGCAGUACAAGGCGCGACUCGCCGACGGCUGGCGCCGCGCGUUACGGAGCGGCCACGCCGGUCGGCCGCCGCCGCGGACUGGACAGAUAGUGGCUCCUCCAGCAUCGUCGUCGCGGUCGGCGUUACUCAGGGCUGUUGCCGACUUUGUCGCUUUACGACGCUGCGACGACCUGUACGAUCUCGAGAAGUUAAGUGCGCAGAACGGCGCUCUGGCGUCCGUGGCCUUCCAGAAAAAGAUGCCGCGCCACGCGGCCUUCGCGGGAAAUGACGUCUCGGCCUGUGUGGAAUAAAAUUUCGGGCGUCCCACGCCAUCGACUAGCCGCGUCGGCUCGAUGGCGUGGAGGCUCACGAAGGUCCACGCAAUAACCUAACUCACUGGUUGAUUUCCACACAGGUCUGGGGCCUCGACGCCGCUUCCCAAGGAAAGAAGGAGGUGCCCUGGAUGUGCCUCGAGUGCUUCGCCGCGGGCCAGACGGGCGAAACUUGCGGGGCGUGCGGCGCUUCGAAAGCCAAGGCGAACCAGGACGUCUGGGGCUUCGACGACCCGUCUCCUGCUGGAUCGCCGCGGGCGCCGCCGCCUGCGCCCGCGCCGGAAGGCGACGGCGCUGCAGCGCGCAUGGAGCGGUUCCUGGAGGCGAACGGAGAGGCGCCGCCGGCGCCGCCGACGCCGGCCUGGGACUGGACGCAGGAGUCCAACGCCGACGCGCCGCCCGUCGUUGCUCCGCCGCGGCCGCGCGGACCACCGGUGCCGGCCGGUGGCGCGCCGCCCGUCGUCGCGCCGCCUCCGGCGCCGCCCCAGUUCCGGCUGCCCUCGGGCUCGGACACGCUCCCGUCGCCGCCCGAGGAAGAAGGGCCGCCGCGGCCCGCGUGGCUCGAGGCGCCCGCGGCACCGGCGCGGCCGCCGCCGCCGCCGCUCGUCCCGGCUGUUGGCGGUGGCGCGCCGCCCGUGCCGCCGCCGCGGCCGCGCGGGCCGCCGGUGCCGGCUGGAGGUGCGCCGCCCGUGCCGGUGCCGCGCGGGCCGCCCGUGCCGUCUCCCGCCGGGCCGCGCGGGCCACCGCCCGUCGCCGCGCCGCGAGAACCGCUCCGCGAGGUCCCCGCGCCGCCCCCGGACGCCCUCAGCGACGCGCAGCGCGCGCGCGCCGAGGCGAACAAGCAGCGCGCGCUGCAGCUGCGCAUCGCGAAGAACCGCGAGAAGGCCCUGGCGCUGCGGGCGGCGAAGCGGGAGCGGUCGGGGCCGUAAGGGUGUUGUGUGCGAUAGUUCU